AUGUCGGUGCACUGGCACAGGACCGUGCACAUACAUACAGCAUCCCAGAAGCACCAGAAUGUUUUCUGGAAAGCUAAUUCAGUCUUCAACCCCUUCUACCAGGUUUACCGACAUGGUGACAGAAGUCCCAUUUCAACCUUUCCCACAAAUGAAUGUCGAGAUUGGCCCCAAGGAUUUGGACAACUCACCAGGGAAGGAAUGAAGCAGCAAUACAAACUUGGAAAAUACUUAAGGAAUAGAUAUAGAAGAUUAUUAAGUCCUGAAUACAAAAGAAAAGAGAUUUAUGUCCUAAGCACAGAUACUGAUCGAACUAUUAUGAGUGCUCAGACCAAUCUAGCCGGCCUCUUUCCUCCAUCUGGUAAGCAAAUAUGGCACCAUCGUAUUCCCUGGCAGCCAAUUCCAGUUCAUACUUUGCCUCGUAAACAGGAUCGGCUGUUGUCCUAUCCUAUUCAUGGCUGUACACGGUUUAAUAAACUUCUGAAGGAAACCUUGGAUUCAGGUGCAUUCAAGAUCAAACUGAAAGACUAUAUGCCAUUUUUAGGUCAAAUAGCACCUAAACUAGGAUAUGAUGUGAAAACUCUUCUGGAUGUGAACAAUCAAAAACUCUGGAAUGCGUAUGAUACCUUGCUUGUUCAGAGACUCCAUCAAUAUCGUAAUCCGGACUGGGCAGAUCAGGCCACUUUGGAUAAAAUGAAAUCACUGCUGGAGAUAGGCUUAAGCGCAGUUUUUGGGGAGCACAAAAGAGAAGAAAAAGCGCGAGUGCAAGGGGGUCUCCUUGUGAAAGCUAUUCUGGAAGAGAUCUCAAAAGCUGCUAGCAAUGCUGACCCCAGAAAAAUGAUGAUGUAUUCAGCACACGAUACCACAAUCGUUGCCCUCCAAACAGCUCUGGAUGUAUCCAAUAAAAAGUUACCUCCUUAUGCUGCCUGCCAUCUUUUUGAGCUCUAUCAAGAAAGCAAUGGGCAACACACCAUCGAGAUGUACUACCAGACCGACGUUACCCAAGACCCCACUCCACUCACGUUGCCCGGCUGUUCAAAGGCUUGUCCACUUGACAAAUUUAAACAAUUGGUUGCUCCUAUCAUAGUGGACAACUGGGAAGCAGAAUGCACUCUCACUGACUUUGCAAAAGAAGUAAUGAAGGCUGAUCUUGUGGUUGAACCUCUCUCAAUCCUUGGUGUUGAUCAGAAUCACCAAAAAGAUCAAGUAGAAAUACAGAUGGUAGCAAAAGGGUCUAGAGAGAGGACGUGCUCACUGGCUCCACUGCCACCAGCCCUGCGAGCAAGUUAA